AAAGGCAGAAAAAAGGCUGCCUGACUUUGGCACCAUAAAGUCAGUGAAUCCCAAUCCAAUGGUUAUUACAUUCUUAUCACUCUGCCUUCCCUAAGUUCCCUUAUCUCUUUAUUUGACGCAUGAUCCAUCCAACCAUAUCUUCCUUCUUCAUCUCACACUCACACAUACAGAUUCCUAUCCAUAUACUCCUAUCGCUUUGCCUUCCCGUUUCUCUUUAUCUGACACAUUUCCAACCAUAUCUUCUUCAUACGCAGCAAAACAAAAAAAUCUCAAAAUGGCAGAAAUAGCAGUGUCAUUUGCUAUUGACAAACUGCUUCCAUUGUUAACAGAAGAAUUCAAUUUGCUCAAAGGUGUUCACAAGGAAUUUGCAGACAUUAAAGAUGAACUCGAAAGCAUCCAAGCCUUCCUUAAGGAUGCUGAUAGAAGAGCUUCAGCACCUAAUGGAGACAACAAUGGUGAAGGAGUCAAAACAUGGGUCAAACAGAUUAGGGAAGCAGCUUUUCGGAUAGAAGACAUCAUUGAUAACUAUAUGAUGUAUGCGGAACAACGCCACAAUUUUUCUCACUUGUUCAAAACUUUGAAACAACGCCAUAAAAUAGCAUCUGGGAUUCGAGACAUUAAGUCAUUGGUGCGUGGGAUCAAGGAAAGAAGCGAAAGAUAUUGUUUCCAACGUUCUUUGGAUCAAGGAUCAAGCCAUUCUAGAGGAAGCCAGAAUGCCAAACUGUACCCCCUUCGAGAGGCUGCUCUUUACAUUGAAGAAGCUGACGUUGUGGGCUUUGAAACACCAAGAAGAAUAUUGAUGGAAUGGAUGUUCGAGUUGAAAGGAAGAAAGGACCCCACUGUCUUCUCUGUGGUAGGAAUGGGAGGGCAGGGCAAAACCACUCUAGUCAAGAAAGUUUUUGACAACAACAAAGUCAUUGCACACUUUCAUUAUCGUGUAUGGAUCACUGUGUCUCAAACAUAUGAUGUUAAAGAGGUGUUGAGGGACAUGUUGCUAAAAAUUUGCAAACAAAAUCCACCUCAAAAUAUUAAUCAAAUGGAUCAAAGGUCAUUGACUGAAGAACUGAGAAAGUACUUGAGGCGAAAGAGGUAUGUUGUGGUGUUUGAUGAUGUUUGGAAUGUAAAGUUUUGGGAUGAUAUUAAAAAUGCUGUAAUUGAUAAUAAAAGUGGAAGUAAGAUAUUGAUAACAACAAGGAACGAAGACGUUUUGAAGUCUUGUAAAAUAUCUUCUUCCACUGAAGUGCUUAAUUUGCAACCUUUAACUCGAGAACAGUCUUUGAAAUUGUUCAAUAAGAGGGCAUUCAAAUUUGACUCUGGUGGAUGUUGUCGAGAAGAUCUCAUUGGUAUAGCUAAUGAAAUUGUUCAAAAAUGUAAGGGCUUGCCACUAGCAAUUGUUGCCAUUGGUGGUCUUUUGUCUACAAAAGAGAAGCAUGUGUUUGAGUGGCAGAGAUUUAGUGAAAAUUUAAGUGCGGAGCUAAAGAAAGAUACACAUUUAAUUGAGAUAAAAGAUAUUUUAGGCUUAAGUUACGAUGAUUUGCCUUAUUAUCUCAAGUCAUGCUUGUUGUAUUUUGGAAUGUAUCCAGAAGAUUAUGAAGUUGAACCAAAUAGAGUGAUUCAACAAUGGAUUGCUGAAGGGUUUGUGAAAGAGGAGCAGGGGAAGACUUUGGAAGAAGUUGCAGAAGGAUAUUUAACAGAGUUGAUCCAUAGAAGCUUGGUGCAAGUAUCUUCAAUUGGAAUUGAUGGUAAAGCUGAAAGUUGUCGUGUUCAUGAUCAAAUACGCGAGAUGAUCCUUGAAAAGUUUGAGGAUUUAAACUUUUGUAAGGAAAUUAGUGAAAAUGGUAAGUCAUCCUUAAGUGGAAUAACUCGACGCUUAUCAAUAACAACCAUUUCCAAUAAUUUAAUGCAGUGUAUUGAAAGCUUGCAUGUUCGUUCAAUGCUUGUUUUCACAGAUAAUGAAUCACCACCACUUUUUGAGAAUAGAAUUCCUAAAAAUUACAAGCUGUUGAGGGUUCUUGAUUGUCAAUCUACUUCAAUGUUGAACGUUCCGGAAAAUUUGGGAAGUUUUGUCCACUUGAAGUAUUUAAGCUUGGGGUCUGUUGAGAUAUUGGAAAUCUUAAAAUUUAUUGGCAUGCUCCGUAACCUAGAGACCUUGAAUAUACGGAGUCAAAUAGUUGUUGAGUUGCCCAAAAAGAUUAGGAAACUUGGAAAACUAAGACAUCUUACUUGCUGGUAUCUGUCUUUGAUUCAAUUAGAGGAUGGUAUUGGAGAGAUGAGAUCCCUACAAACGCUACGUAGUGUUAAUUUAGAUAUGGAAGGAGCGGCAAAGAUAAUUAAAGGGUUUGGAGAGCUGAAGCAGAUGAGGGAUUUGGGGUUGAUUAAUGUUCGUAGAGAACAUGGAACCAUUCUAUCUUCGUCAAUCAAUGAAAUGCAACACUUGGAAAGACUAGUUGUUGUAUCAAGACAUGAAGAGCGCUCUUAUGAAGUCAUUGAUUUGAAUUUGAUUUCAUUGCCAACUAAGCUUCAAAAACUUACACUAGAGGGGAUUCUACACAAGUUACCCGAAUGGAUUCCAAAGCUUCAAAAUCUUGUUGAGUUGACGUUGCGCAAGUCCCGUUUAACUCAAGAUCCAUUGAAAUCACUAAAUUGUUUGCAACAAUUGUUGUCCUUCAAUAUAGGCAAUGAUUCUUAUGAAGGUUCAUGUUUGCAUUUUGAAGAUGGAUGGUUUCAAAAACUAAAGAAACUGAAUGUUAGUUGUAUUUCUGAAUUGAGAGAAGUUAUUAUUGACAAAGGAGCACUGCCUUCUCUGAAAUAGCUAAGCUUUGGCGUGCUCUGGAGACUGAAGAAUAUACCCACUGACAUCCAACACUUGGAGAAGCUCGAAGAACUCCGUUUUUCUUAUAUGGCAGAUGAAUUUUUGGAUAACAUUUCUACUGAGGAUUGGAACUUGAUGCAGCACGUACCCCUUGUAAAAAUUUCUAACAACGAUGGAAUUUGUAUUCCAAACCCAUGGAGUUAGGAAUCAUGUUUUACCAUACUCAAGGAGAAAAAAGGUGCUGACUUCAAUUUCAAAUGCAAUAUGGCAGCUCAAAUUCUCCACAGGGACUUCUACUGCAACACUUUGGAACUUUUGUUGUUCUUCAAUAAAAAAGUUAUAUGUUUAAUUGUUUUUCUUUUGAUUUGAUGUUUGAGUUAUUUGUAAUUGUAGUAUAUCAUCAUGUAUGCAAGAUAUUAUGAGAGCUUCCCUUUCAAGAAUUGUGAGACUUCAUUUUUUCUGUUGAUUUCCUUUCUAUUUUGGUGUAAUAAAAAUGAAGUAUUAUGUACUUUUCAA